UGAGAAUAUUCUUCUUAAUAUAUAACUUAUGAUUAUUUUGCUGUAAAAGAGAAAAAUAUGUUACAGUAUUAAUUUUAGUAUGAAAACUUGAACAUAUUUGUCGAUAUAUUAAACAAUUGUAUAUUUAAAUAGAAUAUUGCAAAUAUGUCAUUAACAUCUCGAUUAUUAUUACAAUAUUCAUAUCGAUUAAGAUGGCAAAAACAAUAUAGUACUUUGGUGAAUGUAUUUCCAAAGGAUAUAAUAGAUGAACAAUUUCAGAGUUUUCGUACAAUAGAAUCAAAUCCGGUAAAUCAUAAUGAACAACAUUUGAAUAGAAUAUAUACAAUACCAAGCCAUAUAGUCAAGACACUUUAUCAAAAUAUUGGAAUUCCAAAAAAUUUUCUUACUCUUUCUACUGCUUUCAAUGAAUGUUCUCUAUUAGUUAGAAAUCCUGCCUUAGAAGUAAUAUCAUAUCUUGAACAAGCAGAUUAUAAUAGACCUAUAAACAAAUAUGUAUUAUAUGGAAAAUUUGGUACAGGAAAAUCAAUGACAUUAAUGCACAUAUUACAUUAUGCUUUUAUAAAGCAGAUGAUAAUAGUACAUGUGCCUUCACCUAACAUUUGGUUUCGAUUCCCAAAAGAAAUUGCGAAUUUGUAUAAAAGUCCAGAUAUCAUAGACUUACCAAUUGAUGCAGGGAAAUGGUUAUUAUAUUUUAAAAGUCAGAAUAAUGAUCUUCUAUCAAAACUUGAUCUUAAAAUAUCGAGAGAUUAUCAAUGGAAUAUAAGAGAGAAAGCAUCUAAUGGUACUUCAUUGUUAGAAAUGAUAGAGUUUGGUAUAAAUAGAGUAAGAUAUGCAUCCAGUGUAAUAGAUGCAUUAUUGAUGGAAUUAAAAGAAGCUAGCAUUGCAGGAAAGUGUAAAGUUUUAACAGCUGUAGAUGGUUAUAAUGCGUUUUGGUCAGAUCAGACUGGAAUACGCAAUGAUGCUAAAGUAUGGGUCAACCCUCGACAAAUAUCAUUAACUUUAUCAUUUCUAAAUUUUAUAAAAGCUGAUUGGUGCAAUGGAGCUGCCGUUUUAACAUUAGAUGCUAAAGCAUGCAAGGAUAGAAGAGAAUCUGACCAUCCUAGAUACUUGCUUGGUAAAGAUGGCUUUGAAUGUUUAGAUCCUUUUAUACCUAUUUUAUUAGAAAAUUACAAUAAAGCUGAAUUUGAAUCAUUAAUGGAAUAUUACAAGGAGCGAAAAUGGAUUAGGGAUAUUGAUGCAGAUGGAUUAGCAGAAAUAUGGGCAUUGACUAUUGGUCAUCCACUCGAAAUAAGGCAAAUUUGUAAAUCCUUAUAAAAAUAUUUUAAAUAAAGUAAACAAAGAA